AUGGUCAAGGACGCGUCUCUCUUCGACGCCUGGCACACACGGUCACACGUCGCCGUUGAUGGCGCUGGCGGGUCACUCAUGGCACAAGGCACCGGCUCGAUCACGAUACUAACGUCGAAACAACAAACGAUCAAGCUCUGCAACGUCUAAUACGUCCCCGACCUUCCGGCCAACCUGAUCUCGGUCAUGCAGCUGCGACGCGAGCGCGUUUACACCCACUUUGGCAAGACCAUCGAGCUCCGGUCAUAA